AUGGACUUUCCAACUAAAACAUUCUCUCCCUGCACACAGAUAUACGAGGACUCCAUUGUCCUUCAGUCGGUGUUUAAGAGUGCCAGGCAGAAGAUUGCCAAGGACGAAGAGAGUGAAGAGGACAGUGAUGAGGAUGAUGAGGAUGAUGAUGAGUCAGAGGCGGAGGCCAAGUCGGUGCGGGUUAAGAUCAAGCUGAGUAAGGAGGCGCGCAGCCAUGACAAAGGCAAGAAGAGGCAAAGCCGAGCGAAGGCCAAGCCGGUGGUCAGCGACGACGACAGCGACGAAGACCUGGAUGACAAUGAUCAGUCAGGACAAGAGCAAGAGCGACGAUGGAGUGACUUGAGGCAUAUUGUAUUAGCACUUAUAAACAAAAGGACAAUAUCUUCCAUUACUGUUGUUCAGAUUCAUUAUUCUGUAUUUUUUAUUUUAUUUUUUACUUAAUUGACUGUCUGAAGUGUGUAUUGCCGCCCCUUCUCCCAACCAGCUUGGAAAUGUAUUACUAAUUAAUCGAUAAGCUACAGCCAAUACCAAUCUGCUUAUAUCU